AAUCGCGUCCUACUCGUCCUCCCUCUCCCAUCUCCUCAAUUCCAUCAUGACCUCCAUAGGAACUGGCUACGAUCUCUCUGCGAGCACGUACUCUCCCGACGGUCGCAUAUUCCAGGUCGAAUAUGCUAACAAAGCGGUCGAAAAUUCCGGCACUGCGAUCGGCAUGAAGGUCAAAGACGGUAUCGUCCUGGCUGUCGAGAAGCUCGUUCAUUCGAAACUCCUUGUUCCUGGCUCCAAUCGUCGCAUCCAAACUAUCGACCGACAUCUUGGCAUGGCGACUGCCGGUCUUCCCGCAGAUGGCAGAUCUAUUGCUAACAGGGCACGAGACGAAUCAUCCAACCUUCGGGAAAACUACCGUUCGCCUCCUACCGUCAAGGUACUGUCGCUCGCUCAACCUCCUCAACUUGUGACGAAUCAACUAUUUGAAUUGCGCAAUCAGAGUCUUGCUGAUCGGAUGGGCCAAUUCGUGCAAAUGUACACACUAUACUCGUCUGUUCGACCAUUCGGUGUGAGCGCCCUUCUUGGUGGAGUUGACAAGGACGGACCCGCGCUCUACUGCAUCGAGCCGAGUGGUGUAUUUUACGGAUAUCACGGUGCUGCAGUGGGAAAGGGUCGCCAGCUUGCCAAGAGCGAACUGGAGAAAUUGAAGCUGGCUGAGCUCACUGCCCGCGAAGCAGUCAUCGAGGCAGCUCGAAUCAUCUACCUGGUUCACGAGGACGCGAAGGAGAAAGAGUUUGAGCUCGAGAUGACGUGGGUGGGACCGGAGACCAAUGGGUUACAUCUUGCUGUACCGAAAGAUCUGUUCGAUGAGGCGGAAACGAAAGCCAAGGACGCCCUCACGUCAGGAUUCGAAUAAGCAAUAUACAUAUCUUUUUCCUAUGAGUCGUUCUUUGUUGCCUAACGAUGGUGAAAAUAGGUAAUUCUAAGCUUCAAAUCUUGCUGCGACUAGAGCGAUUAGAUUGUAUCAAGCCAUAGUGGCAAGUAAACCCAAACAGCGACGCGUCACGCGUCAAACAUUCAGCCACGCUUACGCGUUCCUCCAGAUCAUCUUGCCUUCCAUCCUCUCGUUGUUCAACAUGGACCGAAUCGAUUACCAGCAGCUUAAGCAUGGUGAGGUCAACCUCGGGACUUCGAUCAUGGCGGUCCAAUUCUCCAACGGAGUGGUCAUCGGCGCAGACAGUCGCACGACCACAGGGAGCUACAUCGCCAACAGGGUCACCGACAAGCUUACACAUGUUCACGACCGCGUGUACUGCUGCCGCUCGGGCUCUGCAGCAGACACACAGGCCGUAGCGGAUGCAGUGCACUACAACCUCCAGCUCUACACCCAGAUGGCCGGCGAACCCCCUUCUGUUUUGACCGCCGCAUCCAUGUUCCAGAAAAUAUGCUACGACAAUAAAGACGGACUGUCUGCGGGCAUCAUCGUUGCAGGUUGGGACAAGGAGAUCGGACCAAGUGUGUACAAUAUCCCUCUUGGAGGAGGACUGUUCCGGCAACCAUGGGCCAUCGGUGGUUCCGGAUCGACAUAUGUGUACGGAUACUGCGACGCGACCUACCAGGAGGGCUGGGGACGGGAUGAGACGGUCAACUUCGUGAAGAACACACUUUCCCUUGCGAUGUCUCGAGACGGAUCCUCCGGAGGUGUCAUCCGGAUGUGUGUGAUUACGGAAGACGGCGUCGAGCGUCUAUUCGUGCCUGGAAAUGAACUGCCCAAGUUCUGGCAGGGCACGGAAGUCUUGGGAGUGCCCAACUCAAAGAAACUGGGUUCGAUAGAGCCGCAAGUUGUUCCGAUGCAUGUAGAGUAAACGAUCAAACGAAUGCUUCUACAAAG